AUGGCCCGCUACCUAACGCCCGCCAAAAUAGGCCUGCUCGCCCUCAUUGAGCUCUACACAGAUGAACACGUCCCCAGCACGGCCAUCAUCCCCUUGCUCUCUUUCGUCACUUCCCACCUUCUCGACCCGGAUCCGCAGAGCUUCGUCACUGCCGGCAGCAAGGAAACUCGCUGGCGCAAGGCCGAGAGCACUGUCAGCCUCGUCAUCGGCAUCAAGGAUUUCGAGAAGCUGCUGAGCGCCCACUCCGUCGUCGUCGGCCUGCCCGGCCGCAAGCUGUGGGAUACGUUCCUCACAAAGCUAUGGGGCAUAAACUCUCUCGACCAGCUCCACGAAUUCUUUGGCCGCAAGGCGCAGUGCCUGGCCAAAACAAGGGAGGAGCUGCGGCGUACAGCCGGGGGCGACGAAUCGGUCGCGGCACAGCUGUGGCAGGAGCAGCAACAGAAGCCGGGUAUCACGCUUUCGAGGAACUCGCCGCUGGGCCAGUUUGUGCGGCGGUGCCAACUCGAAUUCUCAAGGCUGCAGUUCCACGAUGUGACGCAGCUUUGGACGGACUUCGUGCAAUACCGGCAGCCCACGGCGGGGUACCUGCGGAAGAGGAACCCUUCGUUUGGUCGGUUGAGCUUCGACCAUGUUCUCAUGGCUGGCGAACAGGCGGAAUGGGACAUGAAGGGGGUGGCUGCGCUCACGUCCGUUGUGUACGGCGAUAUGGUAAAGAGUGGCACUCCCUCCGCCGUGCCAGUAAGCACAGAUGAUAUUGAGCUCUUGCUUGAGUUCCAAAUUGAGCAAAUGCAGAAAUUCGGCAAUCGUAUACCCUUGGAGCUUCGGAAUCAGUUUCAUGACCUUCUCGGCGACAGCUUUCUUGUGCCCAGCUUGCGGCACUACCUGAGUUUCCUUGAUGCAUGGAGAUCCGGUGACUAUCCCACAGCGUUCGAUUUCCUCCAUCAAUACUUUGACUACACCAUGCAGAACCGAGACAGGCUUUUCUACCAAUACGCGUUGAUGAAUCUAGCCGUUCUGCAAGCAGACUUUGGUUGCUACAGAGAGGCUGUUGCAGCCAUGCUCGAAACCGUUUCCACGGCCCGCGAAAACCGCGAUAUGACCUGCUUGAACUUUGCUCUCAGUUGGCUCUUUCACUUUGGCAGGGCACACCCUGACUUGGUUAGAGACUUAGAGGCCGACAGUUUGCUCGGUACAGCCAAGGAGAGUCUAUCAUAUCUCCGCGUGAAGGCGAAGGAGACGGGCAUGUGGACUCUUUGGGCAUCAGUACUGCUCAGCGAAGCGAAGCUCGGUCUAGCAAACGGUGAGAGCGUGGCCACGUCGGUCGAGCUCAUGGUUCGCAGCUCACAUCUCAUUGUCGAACGGAACAUGAAAAACAUGUUUGGCGCCCAGCUCUCUAUUCUUAUCGCCUUGUGGGAUAGGUUGGGACUUGCACAUCUCUCGGCGAUGGACUGCGAGAUAUUCUUGCGGUGUCACGCGAGACACUCCAUCUUUGACGACGAGCUAAAGGUUACAUCACGUCUGGCGUCACAGUUGGCCGCGAAAGGCAAGUUCGACGAGGCACUGCAGAAAAUGGAGGCGCUGGAUGACAAUUCUCUGCGAUCAUGGAAGCCGAGCCAGUACUGGUUCAAGUACCGUGGAAUCAUCAAGCUGAAACGAGACCUGCACCACAAUAACCUCGAUGGCGCGGAGCAACUAUUGUCGCAACUCCUUCAAUCCAAAAAGGAUGACCUAGAGCCGGACAUGGCCUUCGUCGUCGACUUCCUCCACAUAGACUGCCUAAUACGAAGGGGGGAUUUGCAAGCGGCCUUCAACAAGGUCGAAGAUAUGCUCGCCGCGACGCGCGACGAUAAGAGAGACAUCGCGCUCCGCGUAAGACUCAUGUUGAUCAAGGUUCACCUUUACGAGAAGUGCGGACGCCCGCAGCGGGGGUUCACGAUCGCCAUGCGGGCCGCCAGCAUGGCCUGGCGGGCAAGGCUGGUCUCGUGUCUGUGGCAGGCUGUCGGCGCCAUCGCAAACAUAUUAACGUCAUUGGGAGAGUUCGAGGCCUCCUCGCAGCUUCUCACCGCCAUCCUCCCCCGAAGUCUCGAGUGCGACUCUGCUGCUCUGAGCGGGCAGCUAUACUCUUAUCUCGCCGACGCAAACAUGGGCAUGGCAGGCAAGAUGGCGCCGCAGUCGGCCAAGCGGAGGGAAUAUCUGACCCGGGCCACGGGGGCGAUCGAAAAGGCGUUUGAUCACUACUCGAGCAUCGAGGACAUUACGCGUCAGUGCGAGAUGAUGGCCAAAAAGGCCACCAUCAUGAAGGUUGCCGGUGACAAAGUCCUGGCGGCGGAUUAUGCGGCGGCUUAUGUAGCUUUACGCAAGGAAGCAGCUGCCCUUUCUAUAUGA